UCGUAGAAAAACUUAGUGCGAGAAGACGCAUCCAUUCCAUUAAUCCCUUCCUUCCUCCAACACAUCUAACAUACAUACCAUCAAUUUACAGGCAUGGCGAGAAACUACUAUUAUUGCAUUUUUGCAUAUGCAUUCCUUAUAACCUUCCAAAUACAUACUUGUCUAGCCAAAAUGCCGAUGACCCUUGCUACUGAUCAAAUAUCCCUUCUUGCCCUAAAAAUGAGCAUAAACUCAGACCCAUCUCGUCUACUUGCAACAAAUUGGACCAACUCGAGCUCCGUGUGCAGCUGGAUCGGCGUCACUUGCAGCUUGCGCCACCAAAGAGUAGCUGCUUUGAACCUCUCCUACAUGUCUCUCUCCGGCACCAUUCCACCACAGCUCGGACACCUCUCCUUCCUCGUCUCCCUCGACCUCAGAAGCAAUCUUUUCCAUGGAGAUUUGCCUCAAGAGCUGUCUCUCCUUCGCCGUUUGAAGUUCAUAUCUCUCCGACACAACAACUUCACCGGAGACAUCCCAAAAUCCCUCGCAAACCUAACAAACCUACAAACUCUUGAUUUGAUUUCCAAUUCUCUAAGUGGAGAAAUUCCGAAAGAGUUGGGGGGACUUCCAAGUCUAAGAAAAUUGUGGAUUGAAUCCAACGGUUUAUCCGGUGCUAUACCAUCAGCCAUAUUCAACAUCUCUACCCUUGAAUCUAUAGCUUUGUCUAGCAAUAAAUUGAGUGGAAGUCUUCCAACAGACAUGUGCAGUAAUCUUCCAUUUCUUACUCGGAUUUAUCUUUCUGAAAAUCAGCUGAGUGGCGCGAUUCCCACAAAUCUAUCCCAAUGUUCACGACUUGAGGUUUUGAGCCUCUCUUACAACUCUUUCAGUGGGCAGAUACCUUCAGAAAUCAGAUACUUAACAUCUAUUCAGUAUUUACUCCUUGGUGGUAACAAUUUGAACGGUAUACUACCACGUCAGAUUGGGAAUCUUCAAAACUUAUUCUUUUUUAGUGCUGAAGGCAACCAGAUUGGGGGCUCAUUUCCAUAUAGUAUUUUCAUGAAUAUGUCUUCUCUAGGAACCUUAUUUUUAGGGCGCAACAAGUUCAUAGGGAACCUUUCAAGAAAUGUCGGAAAUCUUACAAUGCUAGCAAACUUAGACCUCUCAGAAAACUAUUUGACAGGGGUUAUUCCUAGAGAAUUUGGCCAACUUAACCAACUGGAGGAGUUGCGAUUAGGAUUCAACGCCUUGAGUGGUUCCAUUCCACAUGAGCUCUUCAACAUUUCAAUUCUUCGAACUCUUUUGCUUUCUGAUAAUGCUCUCUCAGGCCUUCUUCCAACCCAUUUAUGCCACACCUCUCCCUUUCUCGAAGAGCUUUAUCUUGCCCUAAAUUCCAUCACCGGAGCAAUACCUAACUCAAUCUCUAAUUGUUCUCGACUCACAAUUCUCAUACUUGGUGAAAACAAAUUCAGUGGUUACAUACCUUCCGAUCUCGGCAACCUAAGACUUCUCCAACGUCUUCAGCUAUCCAGCAACAAUCUCACAAAUGCGCCAUCUUCUUUAGACUCGAGCUUCAUUGAUUCAUUGACAAAUUGCAGGUUUCUAGUUGAUUUGUUAAUUGGUGGUAAUCCUCUAUAUGACGUCGUUCCGGCUUCCGUGGGGAAUUUGUCUUCAUCUCUCCAACAAUUUGAUGCCAGCAACUGCAAUUUAAGUGGUGAAAUUCCUGCUGAAAUAGGUAAUUUAAGCAGUUUGAUGACAUUGAAUUUAUAUGGCAACGAGUUAUCUGAUAAUAUUCCACUUGCUAUUAAAUAUUUGCAUGAGCUUCAAGGAUUAUCUCUAGAUGAUAACAUGUUGGGAGGCUCAAUUCCAGAGGCUAUAUGUGAUUUACACAACUUGAAUUUUAUAAACAUUAGCCAAAAUCAAUUUUCGGGUCCGAUUCCUAAAUGUUUGGGAAAUGUCUCUUCUUUAAGACAUAUUUUUAUAGGUUCCAACAUGUUGAAUUCGAGCAUACCGUCAAGCUUAUGGGACCUAAAAGAUUUGAUGAAUCUAGACAUGUCAUCGAAUUCAUUGACUAGGUUUUUACCUCAAGAGAUAAGUAACUUAGGAGCACUAAUCUAUAUAAAUCUAUCGAUGAAUCAGUUGUCAGAGUCUAUUCCAAGCGCUAUUGGGAAGUUGCAGAAUCUUGUUAAUUUGUCUUUGGCAAGUAAUAAAUUAGAAGGCUAUAUUCCUUUGUCUGUGGGAAGUAUGAUCAGUUUGGUAACUCUUGACUUAUCGUACAACAAUCUCUCCGGUUCAAUUCCAAAGUCUUUAGAAGAUCUUGAGUACCUCGACUAUUUUAAUGUCUCUUUCAACAACCUAAGUGGAGAAAUUCCUAACGGUGGUUCUUUCAGAAACUUCACUAUGGAUUCUUUUAAGGGUAAUGAGGCAUUGUGUGGAAUUCCGAGGUUCCAUGUCCAAGCAUGCCCUGCGGCUUCUACUCACAGAUCAAAGAAGAAGAAUGUAGAACUUGCUUUAUUUAUUGCUUUAGGGGUUGUGGCCUUCAUUUCAGUUGUUUCAUUAGCCUUUAUCAUUGUUAGAUACAGAAGGAAAGAACAGACAAGUAGUAGAGUUGAUGAGUUGAUAUCCGUUGUGCCGGAAAGAAUUUCUUAUUAUGAACUUGUGCAAGGAACUGAACAAUUCAAUGAAAGCAAUUUACUUGGCUCUGGGAGUUCUUGUUCAGUUUACAAAGGAAUUCUGAAUAACGGAAAGGUUAUCGCUGUCAAGGUGUUUAAGAUGCAAUUAGAAGGCAUUUCAGGAAGAUUUGAUGUUGAAUGUCAGAUACUAAGUAACAUUCGACACAGGAAUCUGACCAACGUCAUAAGCAGUUGCUCCAAUGAAGAGUUCAAGGCUAUAGUACUUGAAUAUAUGCCGAAUGGAAACCUCGAGAAAUGGUUAUAUUCAUACAACUAUUGCUUGAAUGUGAUUGAAAGAUUGAAUAUAAUGAUUGAUGUUGCAGCUGCUUUGGAGUAUCUUCACUACGGUUAUUCAACACCCAUUGCUCACAGUGACUUAAAGCCUAGUAAUGUGUUGUUAGAUGAAGAUAUGGUUGCUCAUGUAAGUGAUUUUGGGAUAUCGAAGCUGUUGGGAGAUGAAGAUAGCUUUGUGUUAACUAAUACCCUAGCAUCGUUGGGUUACAUUGCUCCAGAGUAUGGUUUGGAAGGACUAGUUUCGACAAGAUGUGAUGUGUAUAGCUUUGGUGUUAUGUUGAUGGAAACUUUCACUAGAAAAAGGCCUAGUGAUGUUAUGUUUGGCGGAGAUUUGAGCAUAAAAAUAUGGGUAGAACUCUCACUCCCACAUGAGACAGAUCAAGUGAUAGAUGCCAACUUAGUGAUGAAUUUGGAGAAACAGCAAUUUGACAAAAAUUUGCAGUGUGUAUCAUCCAUACUUGAAUUGGCUUUGAAAUGCUCCGUAGAUUCUCCCGGUGAUAGAAUCAACAUGAAAGAAGCACAUGCGAAAUUGCAAAGAAUUCGUCGACAAUUUUUGCAAUGAGAUCAAAGUAAGCUAUUAAUUUCAAAGCUUUAAGUUUUC